CCUCUAACCAUUCUUAGGAGCGGUGGAUUUGGAGAUUGAGAGAUAUUGUGGUUAGGGCUUAGUGAUGUGGAUUAGGAUUAGGUUUCGGUUUUGCUGGUGAUUAGGUUGGUUUAAUUAGAGGAUCGAUUUUUGUGUUGGGGAAGUUUGUUUUUCCUCCCAUUUCAGCAGCUGUAGGGGGUUUAUUUAAAGGGCGUUCUGUUGCUCAUCUUCUUCAACCUAACAGUCAUUUAGAGUUUAAAAUUCAGAAAAAAAGGAGUUUUAGGGAUUCAAAAUGUGUGGCAUUUUAGCUGUUUUGGGAUGCAUCGAGGGCUCUCAGGCAAAGCGAGUCCGGGUGUUGGAGCUCUCUCGCAGGUUGAUCUCAGUGAGAGAUAGAGAGUUGGGUUUAGAAGAAGAGAGAAGGAAAUUGAUUAUUGGAAAUGGGUAUUGCAGAUUGAAGCACAGGGGACCUGAUUGGAGUGGGAUAUAUCAGAAGGCGGGCUUCUACUUGUCUCAUCAGAGGCUCGCCAUUAUCGACCCCGCUUCAGGUGAUCAGCCACUCUUCAACGAAGACCGCUCCAUCGUUGUCACAGUGAAUGGAGAGAUUUACAAUCAUGAACAACUACAGCAACUCCUUACAAAUCACCAAUUCAGGACAGGAAGCGACUGUGAAGUCAUUGCACACCUGUAUGAGGAGUAUGGGGAGGAUUUCGUUGGGUUAUUGGAUGGGAUGUUCUCCUUCGUGCUUCUCGACACACAUGACAACAGCUUCAUUGUUGCUCGAGACGCCAUUGGGAUAACCUCUCUCUACAUUGGAUGGGGAUUUGAUGGCUCUGUUUGGGUCUCAUCAGAAUUGAAGGGACUUCAUGAUGAGUGUGAACAUUUUGAAAGCUUUCCUCCUGGCAAUUUAUACUCAAGCAAAUCAGGAGGCUUUAAGAGAUGGUACAACCCACCAUGGUACAAUGAAGGCAUCCCCUCCACUCCAUAUGAUCCCUUGGUGUUGAGAAAGGCAUUUGAAAAUGCAGUGAUAAAGAGGCUUAUGACUGAUGUGCCUUUUGGAGUUCUUUUAUCUGGAGGCCUCGAUUCAUCUCUGGUUGCAGCUGUUGUCGCUCGCUCCUUCUUGAGUAGCAAGGUGUCUAAGCAUUGGGGACCACAACUUCAUUCAUUCUGUAUUGGCCUGGAGGGUUCCCCUGAUUUGAAGGCUGGUAGGGAGGUUGCAGACUAUCUUGGUACCAUUCACCAUGAAUUUCAAUUCACUGUUCAGGAUGGAAUUGAUGCAAUUGAGGAUGUGAUUUAUCACAUUGAAACGUAUGACGUUACCACAAUCAGGGCAAGCACACCCAUGUUUCUCAUGUCACGAAAGAUUAAGUCAUUGGGUGUAAAGAUGGUCCUCUCUGGUGAGGGCUCGGACGAGAUUUUUGGAGGUUAUUUGUAUUUUCACAAGGCCCCGAACAAGGAAGAGUUACACCGUGAAACUUGUCGCAAGAUAAAGGCCCUUCACCAAUAUGACUGUUUAAGGGCCAACAAGUCCUCUUCAGCAUGGGGAUUAGAAGUUCGUGUGCCUUUCUUGGACAAGGAGUUCAUUAAUGUUGCCAUGGACAUCGACCCUGAGUGGAAAAUGAUAAAACCUGACCAAGGGCGAAUUGAAAAGUGGGUUUUGAGGAAGGCCUUUGACGAUGAGGAGAACCCCUACCUGCCAAAGCACAUCUUGUACCGGCAGAAGGAGCAGUUUAGUGAUGGUGUUGGAUACAGUUGGAUUGAUGGUCUUAAAGAACAUGCUGCAACUCAUGUGACAGACAGGAUGAUGGCAAAUGCAAAGUUCGUUUACCCUCACAACAGUCCUCUCACAAAAGAAGCAUAUUUCUAUCGAAUGAUCUUCGAGAGGUUCUUCCCUCAGAAUUCAGCAAGUCUAACAGUUCCAGGGGGUGCGAGUAUUGCUUGUAGCACAGCUAAGGCCAUUGAAUGGGAUGCAGAGUGGUCCAAAAACCUGGACCCUUCAGGAAGGGCAGCAGUAGGUGUCCAUGCUUCUGCAUAUGACGCCCCAAUGCCUAACAGUGGAGUGGUUGGAAAGGCUUCAUCCAAGCUCAUCAAUAAAAAGGCAAAGAUGGUGGAUGUAAGUAAUCCAGGCCUCACAGUUUCGACCUGAAAGCCUUCAGGAAUUUGGAGUUGUAGCAAAAAUUAUUAUACUGGUUGUUGUAUAAGUGUGCGAAUUUAGAUUCUUAUAGACAAGCAUGUAAAAACCAAUGUAAACUUGUAACAGCAGUUGCUUUGCUUAGCCAUCACAAGAAUGUACAUCCAUUUCUUUUUCGUUGUGUAAAAAUGAUCCAUAUUUAUCAGGGUCCAGUUUGGUAAUGUCAGAAGAGAGGAGAUGAAAACUAUGUAAAUUUGGAAAGGCAAUUAGCCAUUAGAAGAAGGAAAACCAUCUCUUUUAUUUGCUAUCAA